GUGAGAAUCUUGCAUUUGUCCAACGUUCUUUCAUUUAUUUAGUAUUUUUAUCUUUACUCAUAUCACCUAGAGUUUCUCCACUUGAAUACAUUUCUGACACUCACGUAAAAGGUUUCGGUGUGUUGUCCUGCUUUUGGCUCAGCGUUGAGUGAGAAGGUGAUGUGCCAGGACCUCCAUUUAUCCACAGAGGACUGACUGUGUCUGUGUGCACAACACAUGGGACAGUUUGAAUAACUUUCUGAACAGUUUUAUUUCUAGUUUUGGUUCGACUUCUACUAAAAUGUCUGGGGAUUCUCUGGUAACUGGCUCAUUUGUGGUGGCAGACUAUGUGGUCUUUGCUCUCAUGCUGGUGGUGUCCGCUGCUGUCGGGGUCUACUACGCCUGGGCGGACAAGGGCCAGAGAAGCUCCGGGGACUUCUUAAUGGGGGGCCGCAGACUGACAGCCCUGCCUGUGUCUCUGUCUCUGACUGCCAGCUUCAUGUCAGCCAUCACAGUGCUGUCAAAUCCAGCCGAGGUGUACCGCUACGGAGCCAAUAUUGGAUUUUAUGGUCUCUCGUAUGUGAUGACGAUAGUGGUCACAUCGGAGUUCUUUCUUCCAGUCUUCUAUAGGCUCGCUGUCACCAGCACAUAUGAGUAUCUGGAGCUACGUUUCAACAGAGCAACCCGUCUGCUGGGAACUGUGCUCUUCAUUGUGCAGACAAUCCUCUACACUGGAAUCGUCAUUUAUGCCCCAGCUUUAGCUUUAAACCAAGUAACUGGUAUGGAUCUGUGGGGUGCAGUCAUUUCCACAGGUGUGGUGUGUACCUUUUACUGCACAAUGGGUGGUCUGAAGGCUGUGGUCUGGACUGAUGUCUUUCAGCUUGGUGUCAUGCUUGCAGGUUUCCUGGCUGUCAUUAUCAGGUCUGUGGUCUUACAAGGUGGAGUCUUCUCCAUCAUUUCAGACUCGGAACAAGGAGGCAGACUCAAUUUUUGGGACUUUGACACGAACCCUCUGAGAAGGCACACUUUUUGGACCAUAACCAUCGGCGGGACAUUUGUUUGGGUCAGCAUCUAUGGGAUCAACCAGGCCCAGGUUCAGAGAUACAUCUCCUGCAAGAGCAUCACUCAUGCCAGAGUAUCCCUGUACAUCAACCUGUUAGGCCUGUGGUCCAUCUUGCUGUGCUCAGUUUUCGCAGGAAUGUGUCUUUACUCCGUCUAUAAGAACUGUGACCCAUGGACAGCUGGUCUGGUUUCUGCUCCUGAUCAGCUGAUGCCAUACUUGGUGAUGGACAUCCUGAGAGACUAUCCCGGCCUUCCUGGAUUGUUUGUUGCAGCAGCAUACAGCGGAUCUCUGAGCACAGUGUCUUCCAGCAUCAAUGCUCUGGCUGCAGUGACAGUGGAGGACCUGAUCAAACCGUACUCUAACAUGUCUGAGAAACACCUGUCCUGGAUCUCUAAAGGACUGAGUCUCGUAUAUGGGGCUUUAUGCAUUGGAAUGGCUGGACUGGCUUCACUCAUGGGGGGGAUCUUGCAGGCAGCCAUCAGUAUAUUUGGGGUCAUUGGAGGUCCUUUACUUGGCCUGUUCACACUGGGCAUCCUCUGUCCAUUUGCCAAUUCCAAAGGCGCUUUGUCAGGUCUGGUGUCGGGGCUGGUUGUGUCCCUGUGGGUGGGCAUCGGAGCCCAGAUAUACCCUCCCCCUCCUGAGAUGGCCCGACCUCUGCCGCUGACCACUGAGGGCUGUAACUUCACCACAACAGACAACUUCAACUGGACCUCCACCGCCCUGCCAACGCAACCAAACUCCAUGACCACAGCCCCUGUACACAACAGGCCUGUGCUGGCAGAUUACUGGUACUCUCUGUCCUACCUUUACUUCAGUCCCAUUGGAACCAUAGUAGCCAUCAGUGUGGGGCUGAUAGUCAGCCUGUUCACAGGAGGCCGGGGACUGAAGGUGGAAUCAAGGCUUACAUUAAUGAAAGAAGACACAGUUCUGUAUUACCUCAUCAAGUUUUUUAAAUACAGAGUCAUGAGACGAACAGGAAAACUGGACCUGACAAAGGACAGAGGGAGGAAAUUUGGAAACACAAAUCCUGCUUUCUGUGAUGUUGAGCUGGACUUAACAAAAAGCAGCAUUCCCACGUGAAAUGAAACUUAUAUUGGUGGUAUAAUCGUGAUUAAAUCUAAUUUUUCUAUUGUAUAACUGAAGAAAUGUCAAUGAAGGAGAUGAAAUACAAAAAAAAUUGGUGUGACUUUUUGUAUGUUUUACAACAUAAGAUGUCACUGCUUUGGAUUUAAAUUUGUGCAAUUUGUGUUAGGGUGCUGCACAUAGCAGACAUUUGACAUCAUAGGAUUUAUUAACACCGAAGCAAGUUCUGAUACACACAUCUGUUUUCAGUUUUUGAACCUUUUUCUGGAUCAUUCAAACAUUUAUUGAGAUGAAACCAUUCGAGUGAUUCAGAGGGAAAAAUCACUG